CCUUGCUCCCAUCUGGGUUCAGGGAAGGGGGUGUGGAUUUGGGAGAACCCUACAUCUGUUUCUUAGUUGAACUCUUGCUCCACUUGUACCCAGGCGAUGUCCAGUUCUGUCAAUAACAUGGAAGAAAUGAGCAGGAAAUUAAAUUUCACCACAGCCUCUGUGACUCCGAAGGUGUCUCUAUCCCGUUCUGAAGAGUACCUGACCCGGAUCAGCACAGAACUCACCAAUGAGGCCUUGUUUAUGGCUGGAUGCAACGUGAGCCCUGAGCCUACCAACAAAAAACAAACACAGGACCAAGGGACCCAGAUACCUAGACAAGCAUUCUUCACCAAUACCCGAGGCACUGACACCCGCAGCGACAGAAACCGCACCCGCUCCAUGGCACACCUCCUGCCGUUCCCUCGAGACAAGGGAGCUCUGCCUAGCAACUUGACAUCUGGAGGUUGAGCCCUGACUUUCCGUGGUGCUGCUCUCAGCCUGUCCUUCCCUCCCCUGUCCUGUCCCCCUCAAUCAUGCCUCAAAGCCUCUUUGAUGACUCUUUUAAACCCUUUGGUGUUCAACAUGGGGCGGUUUCUGGUCAUGAGCCGCAGAACCCCAGAGGCCACCGAAGUACUUUGGAACAUCAUAGACCCCCGUUGGCAAGGACACCAUCGCACAGCCAAUGUUUUAAUAAAGAGGCAGAUCACACCACCCACCCCAGCCCCCAUGCCAACAACAGUCCUCUGAUGUGCUUUCUCUGGAGUGGAGGCGUGGGAGAAGGCCCCCCCUUCGUGGCAGACUUUAGAGCAUAUUGGAAGAGCGUUCGUUCAGGCGGUUACCUAGCAACCAUUAUCAAUUUAUUGGCACCAGGAAAACUUCUGACUCCAAAUCCAAUCUUCUAGCCAAACUUGCACUCCUAAAGCUGUAGGUCCUCAGUUC